AUGUUUCCUUAUCUAUGUGUGUUAUCCAUAACUCGUGUUCUGGUUAUCAAGAAGAAGAUGUCGCCUAGUCAACAGCUGUUACGACCUCUCAAGGUAUUACUUACGUUGGGAUGGACGUUCACCUUCUUUGUAUGGUUGUGGUCAUGGUUCGGUAUGGCUUUCGUUUUUGGAGACAUCGGAUGGGAAUACGAUUUUUCGCAAUGGAGCUCUAUAUACCUGAAGAUUAUCGAGCUCGUAUGGUGCUGGCCAGCCAUAUUUGUUUGUUACUUCCUACAUCUCGGAAUGAUCUUGAUAGUUACGGCAAGAAAAGCUCAUAUUUUGUCAAGCAACGAUUUUGAAUGGAUGGAUGCUCGGCCUAAUGGUAGCUUGGCAUGGUUCAGAUAUCCUAGGGCUAACAAAAAACUAUCAGCUAUGCAUAAUCAAUUGCGUGUGGAUCCUCUUCUCCUACGUCAAUCCACUACUGCUGUUUGUGCUGAA